CAGCUCAGUACGUGGCUGUCGUGAAACAAAGUUGUCGAAAAUAACCAUUCGCAUUUUCAGUGAUUUUCUAUUUGUUGACGUCAGAAAAAUAUGUUAUUAUGUAAACCUGUUACGGACUGAUAGCUUCUUAAACGAAGGGAAGACCUUCAUGUAAUACUCUAUCAGCAGUUAAUUUUAAACUGUCAAUAUGAUGGAAGAAUCAUCAGACGAAUCUGCAGAGAUAAUAUCAAAUGAGGAGGCAGAGUUGGCAAAGAAAAUGCAGGAAAGUGCAGAAAUCAAUAAACCUCCAGCAGGUGCACCUGCAGGCACAAAGUUCACUCCAAGUGUGGCUGCACCAUCUCCAUUACCAGAUUUCAUGAGUAGCCCAGGGGCAUCACCAGCUAAACCAACCCUACAGAAAUCAAGAGAAUCCUCCCCAGCAGUAUCUUCCCCACAGCAAAAGGAAGUUACCGUCCCAUCUCCACCCCCCAGUCUUCAGACUCCCAGUCCAGUGGCCAAAACCAGCUUAUCUCCUCCAGCUCCAAUAGAAACACCUCACGAAGCAAGCUCACAGAUCCCCAUCCCAGCAGAGAUGGUUCCGGAAUCACCCAAAAGUCCAAGUGACCAGGGAGGGGGGUUGUUUUCAUGGAUUGGGGGAAGCAACCUUGUUCACAAAGUGGUGGAAAAAACCAAGAGCUCCAUGGAGAGCAUGAUCACAACUCUGGACCCAGGGAUGAGAGAAGUCAUCAGAACAGGGGGAGAUAUCUACAUUGUUGUGACAUCAGAAAAAGAGAAUAAAGUCGGGGCCGUGAGAGAGGCAUUUCAAACAGUGUUUGGCAAAGCCAUUGUUAGAGGAAUGGAUAGUAAAGCAACAACUGCAGUACAGCCUGUUGGUUACACAUGUGGUUUAAAAGGAGCAGAGGAGAGGAUCCAGAAUCUUCGUGAAAAGGGGGAGCUGCCAGAUGGACAACCUGUGGUGUCAGUGGAAGGGUUCAUAGUAGAGUUACUCCCAGACAGGUGGUAUGAAAUGAGCUGCUUGAUUCUACAAGACCCUACCAACAGAAUAGAACUACGAACAUUUUCACAACCGACCCCUAUACCUGCAGAGUUCAUCCUACAGGCACAGGACAAAACUCCGUCAGAUUAUCCACUACGGUGGGCGGGUCUGGCCGUUUCCAUUGGUCAGAUUGUGGAAGAGUCCAUGCCUCACAUUGGUCGAUCAGAUUGGCAGGGGGCACUGACAGGUGUUAAUCGACGUGAAUCUCUGACAAUGGCUGCCAAAACUCUGGCUUACAUGUACCAACAGAGGCUACCACCUACUGUUGUAUAAUGGCGAACCUUGAUCUCGUUAUCUUUUUGUUUGUUUUAUUUCAUUGUAAUGUGAUUAUUCCCCCUCCCCCCUUAUGGAGCUGGCACAAACUCAAUGUUAUUAUCAUGCACACAAUAAUUACAAUAGAAUACGCAGGUACAAAAUUUCACAAUCAGAAUAUAUGCUUAUUAAUCUUUCACUUUUUAGAUGCUUCAUCUGUGAAUUUUUUUAAUGAAAAGUGUUUAUGUUUUAUAGCAGCUAGAUUUAUUAAUAUUUUCAUUUCUCAUUGUUUUUACCUAAUAACUUAUUUCCAUCAUCCUUCACUUUAUAUCGAUAUGUGAAACCAUUCUUUUGGAAUACUAGCUGCAGAAUUGUAGUUCUAUGGGAAAUUUGGGUUGUUGAUGAAACAUGUAGAUUUUUUAAAGUUCCAUCUAUAUACAGAAACAGUAUAUUUAUUGUGCACAAAAAUUUGCGUUUUGGAAUUAUUUACCUGGUUUUGGAAUAUAUCCAGUAUAAAAAUUUAAUUCCAAAAAAUUCCUGUAACUAUAGCUCUAAGGUUUUCCUGUAGAGCUACAGUUCUGCAGCUAAUGAAAAUUCUUGCUAUAAGAGAGCCAUUAAUGAAAUUAUUAAUAUAUAAUUUUUGUUUCUAAUUAAAAAAUAAUUCUGCACUGGAAGGUGUUCAAUUCAUAAACUGUGGGGUUUGGUUACUUGUGUACCAUAUUUAAUGUUUUAGGGUUGCAUGAAAGGGAACUUUUGUUCAUUGCUAGUUUUGGGCAUUUAUGGUUAACAGACAUUGUUAAAUAAAUGUAUUUUUAUUUGUACAUACAAUUAGUUCACAAAUGCAUAAUGAAGAUCACUAGAAACAGUGAAUAAAUUAUUAUGAAUGA